CAGUGGCCACCUGAGGGAGCCGCCUCCCCUCCCCCCACGGCCCCAGUCCGGCCCGGGCCCCGCGGAGGAGGAGGAGGAGGCGGCUCCGAGGGGGCGAGGAGGAGAGUUCCUUACUGCAGUCAUACUUGCCAGCCAGGACUGCCGGAGAAGACUCCCUUUGGACCCCAUGAACUUCUCUGACAGUGGCAAAGGAAAGCGAACAGAUAAUUGUUCCAGCAUCUCCCAUCCCUUUGUCAUCUUUGCAAAUGGGAGGCGUUCUGGGCAGUGUGGGAUAGGAGUUUGUCAUACGCAGCCCUGUGGGAAAAGACACUGGCUGAAUCAAACCAGAGUCUCACAAUGACAGAAGAAGCAUGCAGGACACGAAGUCAGAAGCGAGCGCUAGAACGAGAAGUAACACAAAAUGACGUGGAUAGUAAAAAAAUAAAAAUGGAGAAAGGACUGUUGGGAGCAGAUAUAAAGACUGAAGGUGACAUGAAAAUAAAGACAGAUCCUGGAUCUGGAAAAGUGCAAGGAUUAUUGAAAGGAGGGGAGGUAAAAGCAACCAUUAAAGUUGAGGUGCAGACGGGAGAUGAGCCUGUGGACAUGAGUACCUCGAAAAGCGAUAUAAAGAGAGAAAAGAGAGUCCCCUCUCCUGAUGUCAUAGUGUUAUCUGACAACGAGCCUUCAAGCCCUAGAAUGAAUGGUUUAACGAAAAUAGCAUUAAAAGAGACCAACACAGAGGCACUCAUGAAAAGCAGUCCGGAGGAGCGUGACAGGAUGAUUAAGCAGCUAAAAGAAGAGUUACGGUUAGAAGAAGCAAAACUUGUUUUGUUGAAAAAGCUGCGGCAGAGUCAAAUACAGAAGGAGACCACUACUCAGAAGCCGGCCGGUUCCUCGGGGAGUGCUGUGGCUACGCCUCCCCCCUUGGUGCGAGGAACGCAGACUGUUCCUUCUGGCAAGCCAUCCCUUCAGACCUCUUCUACACGCAUACCAGGCACUGUUAUCCCCCCUCCAUUAGUCCGUGGCGGGCAGCAGGCAUCUUCAAAGCUGGGAUCUCAGCAGAACACACAGAUCGUAAUGCCGCCUCUUGUUAGAGGAGCGCAGCAAAUCCACAACAUCCGACAGCACUCCAGCACGGGGCCACCUCCACUGCUGCUGGCACCACGGGCAUCCGUCCCCAGCGUACAGAUUCAGGGGCAGAGAAUUAUACAACAGGGUUUAAUCCGCGUGGCCAAUGUCCCCAAUACCAGCCUGCUCGUCAAUAUUCCACAGGCCUCACCAACUUCAAUAAAAGGUACAACAGUGACAUCCGCUCAGGCUAACGCCACCACUACCAGCGUUGCUUCUAUAGUGAACUCCAAUGAUUCCCCAGCCAGCCGGCAAGCUGCUGCCAAACUUGCACUGCGCAAGCAGCUGGAGAAGACGCUGCUAGAGAUCCCACCUCCAAAGCCACCUGCACCAGAGAUGCAUUUCCUGCCUAGUGCAGCCAACAAUGAGUUUAUUUACCUGGUUGGAUUGGAGGAAGUGGUGCAAAACUUGCUAGAAACUCAAGGUAAAGUCGUGAUUGCUGCAUCAUCACGUGAGCCCUACAUGUGCGCUCAGUGCAAGACUGACUUCACCUGCCGUUGGAGGGAAGAGAAGAAUGGAACCAUUAUGUGCGAGACUUGCAUGACAUCAAAUCAGAAAAAGGCCCUGAAAGCUGAGCACACUAAUCGACUGAAGGCUGCCUUCGUGAAAGCAUUGCAGCAAGAGCAGGAGAUCGAGCAGCGGAUACUGCAACAGACUGCCUCUCCUGCACAGACCAAGUCAGAAUCCAUAGUCCAGCACCACUCGCUCAAACAGACUCCUAGCCAGAUGUCUCGAGGUCCUUCAGGAGCCCCGCGAGGAGUGUUGCAUGCAUUUAGCCAGUCACCCAAGUUGCAGAAUGCAUCCUCUGCAGCCGCACUUGGUAGUAGGCCAGGUAAGCAUGCUGAGAGACCUGUCAGCAAGGGCAACGCUACCAGCUGGAAGAAGACUGCCAUCAAUACAGGCGGAGCUUUACCUUUUGUUAACCCUAGUUUAGCUGUGCACAAGACUUCUUCAGCAGUAGACCGUCAACGUGAAUAUCUCCUGGAUAUGAUUCCGCCACGAUCCAUCCCUCAGUCUGCCACUUGGAAAUAAUGCAGAGGAAUGCCUAAGAGGAAAGACUUACCUGUUUCUGCCAUCCUUUUUUAUACCACAGUACAGUGGAAUCUGCUUUAAACCCAGCUGGAUAUGCCCAAGCUUUGUAGGAAGCAAGAAGACCACUCCUCAUCCCAUCGAGUGCUGCUGUCCUUGCCACGAGAAAGGGACACCGGGAGGGUGGAAACAGACUCGAGCUCGUUUGGCUGUUGAAUUCUGAUGAUUGGCUGAUGAUGAAGGCUGUCGGGAGGGGGAAGAAUAAUAAUCCUCUUUAUUUUUUUUAAUUAUUUUUUGUUUUGGCUUUAUGUAUUUAGUUUGGGAUUUCUCUUUUGUUUGUCACCAGCACAAAAGGAGGACUGAAAGGACUCGGUCUGCUUUUGGUUUCAUUGUAUUAGUAGCUAGCUAGUCACCAUGAAUACACUGUUCUUUGGCAAUCAAGGAUGCAAGUCGCUGUAAGAAAAGUGGAAUCUGAACACAAUGAUUGCGGAUACGUUUAGCAGGUGGACUUCACGUUCGCUUCCCCUCUUCCCCUGCCCCGGGAGGGCAAUCGACAAAUUGUCACGUUUCAAAAUCUCCUGAUAAAGAGCUAAUGAUACCGAAGUGCAAACUCCAGAUCCAGUUGGGCACGUCUUCUCAUGGACUAGUCGCUGCCCGAGCAGGGCAGGACGCGAGAGCCAGGACGGGCCUCUCUCACUUUCGCCGGAUGUAGACUUUGUGAACAUUUGACGCUCUAAAACCUUAAACUACUGAACAGUAAACGAAUAGCCUUGUUCAGUCUCUCGAGCCCAGCACAGAUCAGUCGGCCCUUUCAAAAGUUCCCAGAGAUUUAAAACGAAAUUUUUUUUUUGCGGGGGAACGGGGCGGACUGGGUGGGUCUUGUCAGAGCUUUUACUCAAGCUAGGAACUCCAGACGCCGCGUGCAGUCCGAGGGCGAGCGCAGGGAGCGGAGGGGUACAAGGCUGCAGUCAGGCAACAGGUUCUUUCCUCUGUUCCCGCUGGAGAAGCCGUCUUUCCUCGCCUGCGCGUUAGUGGUGUGCUGACGGGACGAGCUCCUGGUGGGCGUGCUUCAGCCCCCGCUGCCUAGCCCCGGUCCCCCGUUCGAAUUCCGUUCUUCCAUGCAUACCGCGCAUGCUCCUCUAUCACGUUGCCUCCGUACUUCAGUUUUGGUAGAGCUUUGGCUAACCCUGCUUUAAGGACAGGUCUCUACGUGGUUUUCAUAUAUUUGUGGAAUCCCCCAAAUAUUUAGAAGCAUCAGGUCUGUUUUUUGGCCCCCUACCCCUUUCGAAUUGGUUUCAAGUGGCAGAAAUGUAUGCCUUACUAUUUGUAUUGCAUAUUGGUACUAGAACUAGUGCUGAUAUGAAUUCUUUGCAAAAUUAUAUAUAUAUCUAUCUAUAAAGAAGGAGGGAUACUAUUUGGGUUCCGCUCUGAAUCUGGUAUUUUCUUAGCAGCUGUAGUUAGAUACUUAAUUUAAAGCAGUUACUGUAUAGGGUGUCCCUCUUCAGAUCCAGCUAUCACAUAAUAAUAAAAAAAUCAUUUAACCCCCUCUUCUGUUGUGUGAAUAUCAAUAUUUAGAUAUCUUUUUUUAAAAAACAAAGUCCAGUAGUGUAGAAGCUGAGUUGUUUUGCAAAAAUGGUAUUUGUUGGUGUAUAAAACCCUAGAAGUUCAAUUUGACUUUGUUUUGAACCUAUCGAGAUAGAUGGGGGGGUGGGGGGAGUGGGUUUUGGGGUUUUUUUUGUUUCGUUUUGCUUUAUUUUCAUUCCAAGCUUUUUGGACGGGGAGGUGAGGAGAGAGAAAUCGGAGUGCAUUGAAUCUUGCACUGUGAAACAAUACAAGAAUAUUUCAGUUUAAGUGGGUUGGUUUUUUUUGGUUCUCUGACAAAUCCCCGCCCUCCCCGCACGCUGAUGUCUGCUUCUGUUCAACGGCCCGGGCCAAAGCGUGUUUCUGAGUCUUUCAGCGUGACCCCUCGAGACAACAUUCCCGUGUAUCUCCUCAAGUGGCUUUGUGGGAGCCUAGGUAUGAACAACACCAGAGGCUGACGGGCGUGCCCGCUGCGGUGUUGGGGCAGCCGGGGUCUCAGCCAGAGCUGUAGAAGAAAGGGUGGCAGGAGGGGGAAGAAGCAUUAACAUUGCCUGUUAAAAGCUACGUCCAAACCAUUUUGGUAAGCGCCAGUGCGUUCCAGCAGCAUUUAAACGAGUUUCAGUGGCACGGAUAAAGAGCUGGGUAACUUAGCGUUUGCAUUUGAGGCGCACGCUGUUUCUGAAGCGUUUCUAGUUAAAAAAUGCAUCAGAAACAGGUUGACGCGGCCUGCUUGCAUAGGGUCAGGCGAGUUGCUCGGUCCGUAUGCCUGCAGUCCAGCCGCACGUUCACUCGGGUUGAGUGCCCUACCAGGCUAGUUCAGGUUUCAUACGUCGUUUAAAAUAAUAGUUGAAGACCCUUGAUGCGAAACUUCCCGAAUUCCUUCUUUCUCUUCCUUACCUGCCCUUCCCUUCCCUGCCAAAAAAAAAGAAAUCAAUGCGAAGCCUAACUUUAACACUGUGGUAUUGUGACAUAAAGGUAAAAUUGCUCGGGGACAUUGGAGGAGGACUUGUAGGCAUAGUUGAAGAACAAAACCUUUGGUUUGUAUUUCCUCCUGUCAUGUUCGGUGGUCCUGCCCGCUCCAGGCUGCUGGUUUCUGCUGAGAUGUUGCCCCGCGCUGCGGUGCGGUGCCCUGCUUCGCUCCCAGGGCCCUUUGAAAGAGGCAGCGUCCUCAUCCCUGUCCUGGGAAAGUUGUAGCUUUUGCUUGAAGCUCCCUCGGAGCGAGAGACUGAACGUGCUGCUUGACAGGAUGGGCGUGCAGAUCGAUGCCCCGUAGGUGGUCCCUCGUGCCACGUGCCCCGUGCCCUGCUCCUCGUUCCCCCAACGCUGCGCUGCUUCGCUGCAAACGUCGCUUGAGCUGGUGUGACGUGGGUCGGAGGCUGCUCGUUUCCCCCCCUCUCCUGGGGAGAGGGUUAGAGCAGCGUUGGGUCUUGCAAGCCAUAUAACCUCUUUCUUUGAGACAUUGCAACUACCAGAUUUUAUAAUACAGUAAUAACAAAAACGACUAACCAUUGUACUUAGAUUUUAGCAACUUGUGAAAUAAACCCCGGACUUUCAUUUGAACCAGUGUUGAAAUUUGGGAGCUGUGUGGUUUUUAAUUUUAUUUUUUAUAACCUAAUUUAUUCUCUGUUUUGAUUUUAUUGGGGGGCUGGGGGGGGGGGGGGUGUAGAAGAGGUAACUGUUCUGCUCAGACAUGAAAAGUGGCCUGGUUGAACCUUUUAAUUUUGUAUGGUGGAGAAGAUUUGGGCAGCUUUCCCGUUCGCGUGAAGUUUGGCUUUGCUCGUUCUUUUGUGCUGCCGGGAUUCCUGUUACUGGCAUUCCAGCUGCGAUACGGAGGAGGGGUUUUUUGGGUCAUCGUAAUUCAGGGUAGCUUUGCUUCUGUUUUUCUAGAGAUAUUUUGUUCGUUGUUUUAGGAACCAUUCGUUUACCUCUGAAUGAUCGAACUGGGUCACUGCGUUUUUGCUUAUGGAAAGAAAGGAUUUACCAAAGUACAGCUAAGAAAAUGGCAAUGGGGAGACGGGGGGCACAGCUUAGAGUCCGGUAGAGGAAAGAGGGCUCAGACCGGGGUCUCAUCAGAAACCCCCUCUGGCUCAUGGCUGGGGGUGCUGGUUGUAGCCGUGCCUGUCUGCGGACACAGGCAGGGGAGGGUCUUUGGGUAAAUGCGAUCUCUCUUAGUAAACCAACUAAAUCAUUGGAAAAAUUGUUCUUUGGAUACAAACGCCCUUCUUCAGGCGGAGGGAUCCCAAAUGUAGACUCUCCCUCUGCCUGAACAAGGGCGUUUGUAUCCAAAGAGCAGUUUUUCCAUCGAUUGAGUUGGUCUAAUAGAAGAUAUUGCACCUAGCCAAAGAACCGCGUCUGCCAUUUGGCUCACGUCGCCUUCUCCUUUCGAGAGGAGGGGGCGGACGCAGGAGAUUACCUUUUUUUUUUUUUUUUUUUUUUUAAAGAUAUAUAAAUAUAUAUAUAUAUAAUGCAAAAAGACCUCAAGGAACCGCAGUAGUGUUUGUCUGCUUAAGGCAGAGUUACGCUGUAUAUUGCAUUUAGCGAAAUAACUUGCAUUGUGCUUUUUUUUUAAAGAAAAAAAAAUUUAUAAUCAUUUAACAAAGAAGAAAGUGUAACAGAGUAACGUUACGCCAGCGCAGGGUAUGUUUUUGUCACUCGUAUUUAUUGUGACUCUAAAUCUUUGAUAAUAAAACAAAAAUUAAAAAAAAAAAAAAUGUUCCCACUAAAACCUGGUAGUCGAUUUCAAUGGAAGACGAACCUGAAAAAUCAAUAACUGUAUAUUGUAUUGUGAGGGAUUUUUAGUAUUUGAAUGACAAUAAACAAAUGGACAAAC